AUGUCCAGUUCAACCGAGACCCUCGACCCGAUCCACUCCAAGACGAGCUCCACGCCGGACUCCCACCCCGCCGAUAACCACACCGACCAUGGCGUCGACGAACGGCCGUUGACUGGCCACGACACUCCCCAAAAUGGGGGCGGCUCGCACCAAUGGGGGGUGCUGUUCAAAGCGAUCAAAGACGGCACCUCGCACCUGGCCGAGAAGCUGGGCCGGGACCCGGACGGCGGCGACGGACUAGACUCGGCCUGGCACCCGGAGGACUACGGAUACCAGGAGGACAUCGAGAUGCGGGACAUGCUGGCGCCCGGAGAAGGUGUCGCGGACGACUCGUACGGCAGCCAGCUGCAGUCGCUGCUGGGCGCGGACGCCGCCAUGCUGGUCAACCGGUUGGGGCUGGCGCGCGAGCUGCAGGCCGGCUUGCCGCCGCGGACGGCCGAGGAGGAGGCCGCCGAGAAAGAAGCUAAUUUGGCGGGCGGCGUGCUCUGGCACCUGCUGGGGCAUCAGAUGGGCCAUGAUCCGGAGAGGACGACGACGAACACGACCACCACGACCGGUGGGACGACACUGGUCGGGACGGAGACGGGGACGACGCAGUCCGAGGACGACGCGCUGGGCCCGCUGCCGAGCGAGGUGCGCAAGCGGCGCAAGAAGAAAUGGUACGCGGACGCGGACAAGGACCCGCGCAGCGCCAAGGAGCGGCGCAAGGCGCGCGAGGCGCGGCUCGCGGAGAAGAUCGGCUCGCUGCUCACGCGCCAGCGCUACCUGAUGCAGCUGUGUCGCGUCAUGAUGAAGUGCGGCGCCCCGACCCACCGCCUCGAGGAGUACAUGCAGAUGUCCGCCUUCGCGCUGCGCGUCCACGGCCAGUUUUUGUACAUCCCCGGUUGCAUGAUCAUCUCGUUCGACGACCCGCUGACGCGCACGGCCGAGGUCAAGCUCGUGCGCAUCAUCCAGGGCUGCAAUCUGGGCCGCCUGGGCGAGGUGCACAACUGCUACAAGAACGUGCUGCACGGGAAGCUGUCGGCCGAGGAGGCCCUGCCCGUGCUGGACGACAUCCUCACGCGGCAGAGCAAGUGGCGCACCCCCUGGAUGAUGGUGCUGAUUGCCGGGCUGAUCAGCGUGGCGGUCGGCCCGUGGGCGUUCGGCGCGCGGCCCAUCGACAUGCCCAUCAUCUUCAUGCUGGGCCUGCUGAUGGGGUUCAUGCAGUACAUCCUGGCGCCGCGGUCGGCGCUGUACUCGAACGUGAUGGAGGUGUCGAUCGCGAUGCUGGUCUCGUUCCUGGCGCGCGCCUUCGGCAGCAUCCGCCACAACGGGGAGUACCUGUUCUGCUUCCCGGCGAUGACGCAGUCGGCGAUCGCGCUGAUCCUGCCGGGGUACUCGGUGCUGUGCAGCAGUUUGGAGCUGCAGUCGCACCAGAUCACGGCCGGCUCGAUCCGGCUGGUGUACACGAUCAUCUACUCGCUGUUCCUGGGGUACGGGGUGACGGUGGGGCUGACGAUUUACGGGCUGAUGGACGACCAGGCGAGCGAGCAGACCUCGUGCUCGGCGGAGAGCCAGCUGGUCUACGGGAACACGUACAUCCAGCAUUUUGUCUUCGUGACCAUCUACAUCGCCUUCGCCGGCAUCGUCAGCCAGGCCCGCCUGCGCCAGCUGCCGUUCAUGUGCACGCUGGGCGUGUCCGGGUACGUGGCCAAUUAUUUUGCGACGACGUACCUGAGCAGCCAGAUGGCCAGCAUCAUCGGCUCGUUCACGAUCGGGCUGCUGGCCAACCUGUACAGUCGGGUGUGGCACGGCCACGCGGCGGCGGUGAUUGUGCCGGGCAUGUGGACGCUGGUUUCGUCCGGGCUGGCGUCGAGCGGGUCGAUCGUGGCCGGGUUGCAGUACGCCAAGGCCGUCAAGGAGGGGACGGCCAACACCUCGUCGAACUCGAUGGUCGAGUCGCUGUUGAGCCUGGGUGUGAGUAUGGUGCAGACCGCGCUAGGGAUCACGGUGGGGUUGUUUCUGUCUGCCUUGGUGGUGUAUCCGGGGGGGAAGCGCCAGGGCGGCUUGUUCAAUUUGUAGCGUGUGCACAGUUGCAUAGCUUGUCUUCGGGUCCGAGUCUUCUUCUUGUCUAUAGUUUUCUUGUCUAUACUCCGUCUGUCUUGCAUCUGCGGGCCUAGUAGCAUUAAGCAUUGGUGUUUAUGUCUGUCG